UCGGAGUGGCACGGAGCCGGGCCGAGGGCCCCAGGGCCGCGACUGCAGGGCGCAGCCGAGACGCCAUGCGACGGCGCUGGGCGAGCGGUGAUCCACAGCGAGCCGGGCCCUAGCGCCUGGCGGGGCCAUGCAGAGCCCUCCAGCCAUGGACUACAUCAACAGCCUGGUGAUGGGCGCACAGCACCGCGACGGGGGCCUGGCGCUGCCCUCGCUGCUGCUCGUGCCCAGCCUGGGCGAGCUGGUGAGCCAGUUCAAGCAGGACGUGCACUACGUGCUGGCGGCCGACGACGGCCGGCGGCCCUCCAGGGAGGACGACGAGGCGCUCGGGGGCCGCCGCGACGCCAAGGCCGACCCGCAGCAGCUGCUCGUCGCCGGCGACGCCGUCAAGGUGUCCGGCCUGGACUUCCUCGGCGCCCAGGAGGACAGCGGUGAGUGGCCCUCGCCUCGGCGUGGCGCUCGUGCGCUGAGCACCGCGCUCUGCCCACCAGGGGUGCAGUUCAUCAAGGUGGAGGCGUACGAAGACCACAGCCUCAACCUGGACGGUUUCGCCAGCGAGUCGCCGUUGCUGCACGAGAACAGCAAGGACGUGGCCCUGAGCACCAUCAACCAGGACCCGUCGAUGCUGCUUGAAGACCUCACCAAGCACAGCACGGCCUUUGAAGAGGCCGCCGACAUGACCGACCUUUUCGUGACACCGCUGGGCGAGCAGAACGCGCCCAACAGCCUGGUCGCGCAGCCGGACGGCAAGGAGAACAAGAAGCUCAAAAGCAGGCGGCCUGCGUCGCCGCCGGCCAAGGAGGACAAGUGCUGCUCCGCGCCAGACGAGCCGGAGCCCUCCCGCGACAAGCCCGAGCCGCAGGCCAUGCUGGAAGGCAAGCUGAAGAUCACCGCCAGCAACCAGUUGGCCCACAGUCUCAACCUGGAUGUGCUGCCAGUGGACUCGGUGAUCCUUGGGAACUUUCUUUUGGUGCCUGACGCGAUGUCACCGGUCAAAUUUCAGAUUCUGCAUGAAGACGGAACCACCAUCAAGGAAGUGAGCAUCAAUGCCAUCUGCAAGCUGGAAGGUACUAAUCCCACCAACAAAGACAAUUCAGGUGCCGGCGAAAGCCCAGGAUCCUUAAAGAAAACCCCGGAGAGCCCACCGAAAAACUCGAGGCCCUUCCAGUGCGAGAUGUGCAGCGCUACCUUCAAUCGCUUGGGAAACUACACACGCCACCAGAAGAUCCACACGGUACGCACAAAGUCUUCGCAGGAGGACGAGCGGUUCCACUGCAAGGAGUGCGGAAAGAGCUUCAUUCAGCGCUGCGACCUGACUCGACACCUCCACGUGCACACGGGGACGGAACCGCAUCGGUGCUCGCUCUGCGGCAAGGGCUACAUCCGCCACAGUGACCUGGUCACCCACCAGCGAUUCCACAACAAGGAGAAGCCCUUCGGGUGCCCUCACUGCUCCAAGGGCUUCUCCCAAAGAGGGGACCUCAACCGGCACCUGCGCUCCAUUCACCUGCAAGUGAAGCCUCUGAUGUGCGGCCACUGCCACAAGAAAUUCGCCAAGGAGGCCACCCUGAUCCGGCACAUGCGCACUUCUCACCGGGAGAUGCUGCUGCAGUCCGUUCUCAAGGCGUAGGGCCGCCUUUCGGUUUCAGCCACCGCGGAGCGCCACUGUUGUCAUUAGCAUCCUGUGUUGUCGCGCCCCGCUUAUUUGACGACGCUUUGGAGCCGCACGUUAUUUUUUUGCAUACAUGCGAGGCACACGAUGUGUACAGUUUCUACGAGCCCGUAGCCAUUGGUUCGAACGCCUGAAUUGCACAGAUCCUACAUAUGGUGCUUGUUUGGUUGCACGCAGUAUUUGGUUCGAGCGUUCAAAACCGCUUUCAAGCAACACUUUUUUGUACAGGCGUGCCGUUGUAGCAACGGGCAAAGGUGGCGUUAGAAUGUGACAACAUAUCGUUUCAAGCUGUUGUGAGCACCCACGGGCUCUGUAGACACCACUUGUUGCAUCCUCCAAGGUGCAGUGUAAGUCUGUGAAACUGCACACUUCCUAAACGAAGAUAGACGGAUAUUUAACUUUUUUUUGUUUUUGCUGUUGGCCGUAGCUGUCGACUUAUGCCGCGGCUCCACUCAGAGCAUUAUCCCCCGAGCGUUCCUCGUGAGUUGUUGUUUUCUUCAGGCGCCACUGCACGAGAAAGCAGAAAGCAUGCACUCCAAAGUUAACCCGCUCCUCGCACGCUUGAUGUGUUAACGCCCCUAAGUGUGUAACAUCGUCCCAUGCCCAACAGUCCCUCGACUGAAAGCAAUUAAUCCAAUAAUAUGGGACAGGCUGCUCCAACACUCCCUUACAAGUGUUAACUGGGCGAUAACAACGGAAAAAGCUUGAGCUGGAUCACGAUCUGUUCCUCACAGAGCAUAUGACUGCACUUGGCCAGUGACGAGCGACCAGCGUAUCUAACGAAGCGUUGCUCUAGCACGAGCAACCAGAUUCGGCGAUGGCAACGGCGAACCACGCCCACGAUCGCAGCCAACGAACCCCAUCGCCCAGCGAGCUAAGCCCUAGUUUUUUUGGGACUACGUUACACCGUCGGCAGGGCGAGUAGCUUUUUAAGUGCGUGGAGUGAGCAACCCGGUGACUGUUGUGCGGCUGGACAGAGGCGCCCAAAAACAACGGAGCGCCGCGCGCGCCCGCGUUCGGCCGCCGUGCCGCGCUCUGUUGACGGCGGUGCAGGGCGGCGCCCUCUGCUGCCUGUGUUCUCCCGGCGCUGACGCACGGCCGGCGCGCGCGCGCGAGCGCUUUGCCAGCAACCGCUGCCGCUUCGUGCAGCAGCCGCAAGCAAGCCACGCGCGAGGGGCUGCCGCGGCGGCGCUCCCCUCGCUCUCUUGUGAUCAAGUCAGGGCUGGAAACUCCUGAUUAACCAUGUCUUCCAUUUCGCAGAGGUAUCCGCAUGCCUUCUCGGUGUCUGUAAACUUUUUGGGUAACUUUAGAUGUCUUACAUUGAGAGUACACGUAUUUUUGCUGUUUCGGGGAGGGCAGGACGGUCCGCUUCUCAGAUCCGCCGCUGGCCCUGUCCAUCUCUCUGAGUCUGUGUACCGAAACCACGACCGUGUGUGUCGGCCAGUGCGCGUUCGUUCCGACGGAACAUCCAGGGCUUCCGCUGUAGAGUCUUAUCUAUGUGUGUGUGCGCGUCCACUUUGUUAGACGCAUGAGCGUGUUUCUCUCUCUCUCUCUUUUUUUCUUUACGUGGCCAAUGUUGCGCGCCGGGCGCACUGAUGAGCCACCGACAGAAUCAAAGAUACAGAAGUAGGGCGGCAGAGCCGAGCGCGCUUCGCCUCCAAGCUUCGGGGUCUAGGCGCGUCGAGGAGAAGCCCACCCGGAGCGGCGCCACCAGCGCCGCCUGUGCGCGUUGACGGCGGUGCACAUAACUGUGUGUCUUUCGUUCCACGCAUGUGUAUGUCGUCGCGUGAGCAGUCACAUUCACUCGAGCAUUAAAUUCCGGCGAAAGACCGCACCCCUGUUCGCUCGCACCAUGCAAUUCUGCACCAAAGACUGGUCACGUUGCGGGUCCUCUUUCGGCCACCGUUUCUUUUAUUCUUUUUUUUUCUUUUUCGCGCGCGGCUAGUUGUUGAGCAUUAAAGGUUAGUGCCGAAAGAGUAGAAGAUUGUCGCACGCCGACGAAGUUAGGCGUGCAACACUAGUCGAAUACUCGUGACCUCCACAAAGAAAAAGUAAAUAAUGCCAAAGAACAACUGCAUUCGUUGGUUGAGACGUCGUGCUACGUGGUUGAUCUAAAUGCAAAGCGGUUCCUGAUGUACACUGGCUGAAGCAACGAAAGAUUUGAUAAUCCUCCCCCCUCCCGUUUUGUUCCGCAAAGAAAAUCAAACUGAGCCAGAUGAAGGAGAAAUACGUGUUUGUGGAUUGGCUCCAAUGUGCGACGGUGCUCAAUUGGCUUGACCGGCAUCGACAAGCUGGCCCCUUCCCCGCUCCAUGGGGGCAGGGGGGUCCGCUGUGGGCAAUAAUUGUUUCUCGCUGUGCCAUAUUGUUGUAUCAGAGUAGACAGAAACGUGGAACCUUGAAACCCCUUUGUUCCUUCUGUGAUCUCCCUCUUUUUACGACUCUAUUUUAAUAUAUAUUCACUAUAGUAUUUUUACAAACUGUAUUUCAGACGAUAAUUUAAUUGCUGUUGGUACAAAGAAAAAGAUCUGGUAUGUGAAUCGUAUAGCAUCCAAUAAAACCGAUAACGUGCGCGCUAGAACAACAACAACAAAACAAA